AGAGAGGACAGACGGAGCUGGUGUCCUGUGGACAUCUCCACAGUUUACACUUGUGUCAAACCAAGUGGAGCUGAAACCAGUGACGACUACAGCUCCACUGCAGCUGCCUCCCAGUGCAAAGCUGCAGACGACUCACGUGAUCCCACCUACUCUGAGGUGCAUUUCCACGUCACCCGUGGCAACGCCAGUGACGCUGUGUACUCCGUGCUUCAGGUGAACGCAAACUCUGGUGUCGGCAACAAGGAGGACGCUCCCCCGCCUCUGUACUCCACUGUGACUUCACCUCUGCAGUAACUUCAGCUCUGCAGCUGCUACGUUUGCUCUCUCAGACCAGCAGAUGUUGUUCCAGUCCAGGCAGCCGGGCACCAGUAAAGACAAGGAAACCAGAAGAGAGAGGAGACGGAGAUGGAGAGAGUCGGAGCAGGAGCGUCCGUCCUGACGGAGACACACUCAGAGUCUGGCUCCGGACUGUCAAACACACACAACUUAAAACAGUUGUUUACUGGUCUGCGCUCUGCAGAGGGAGCUCCCUGAAGUGUGUGUGUGUCUGAUUGGGUGCAUACGGUGGGAGUGUGUGUGUGUGUUUUUUUAUUUGUUAAUGAGUGUGUGGGUGUCUCGCGUCACUUUUCAUGGGACAUUGAGAGAUGUGUGUGUCACAGCGCCGGUGGACGGGCUAUAGGGGGCCGUGCACCCCCGCCCUCCCCCUGAUCCUGCUCCUCCUCCUCCCUCUGUCCUUCCUCUCCUCCUCACCUCCGCUCGCUCAGGGAGCCAUCCACAUCCCCAAAGACUAUAAAGUGCGAAACAUGUCACAGCCUCCGGUCCUGAUACAGAUGCCUAAAUCGUACACAGCUUUUUCUCAAGAGGACAUCUCUCUGCCCUGUGAGGCCUCUGGAAACCCGAAACCCACUUUCCGCUGGAUGAAGGACGGCAAGCUGUUCAGGUCGACGCGUAACGACUCCGGGACGCUGCGAGCCGAAGGUGACGAGCCCCUCGAGUGGUACAACGGCACCUACCGCUGCUACGCCUCCAACACCCUGGGGACCGCCAUGACGCAGACCAUACAGGUCAUCGUGGAAGCUCAGCCAGUUCUGACGAAACAGCAGAAAGUCCAUAAGAUAGCGUCGGAGGGAGAGAGCAUGAUCCUGACCUGCAACCCUCCGCAGAGCUCCACCCCUCCGCUCAUCCACUGGAUGGACAAGAAGAUGGUGCACAUCAAGCAGAGCGACAGAGUCACGGUUGGUCUGGACGGGAACCUCUACUUCUCCAACCUGCUGAAGAGCGACACCAGAAACGACUACAUCUGCAACGCCCAGUAUCCUGAGGCCAGGACCGUUCUCCCCGACACCGCCGUCAGCCUCACUGUCACGCCCAGUAAUGACGUCACUCACGUCAGAAAGCCCCGCCUCUUCCGUCCCACUGAGUCCCACACCGCCAUGAUGGCCCUCAGGCUCCAAAGCACCACCCUCGAAUGUAUCCCCGAAGGCCUACCCACUCCGCAGGUGAAAUGGAAAAAGAAGGACGGUCGCCUGCACGAAACAAGCGGCGUGCUGGAGGCCCACGACCACCGGCUUCACUUCGAGAGCGUGGACCAGAAUGACGACGGGGAGUACGAGUGCACGGCCUCCAACAGCCAGGGCUCCGUCUCGCACUCCUUCACCCUCACUGUGGAAGCCGCUCCGUACUGGGUGAAGGAGCCUCAGAACCUGCUGUACUCUCCCGGAGAAACUGUGCGUCUGGACUGUCAGGCCGAAGGCAUCCCGAUGCCCGACAUCACCUGGAGCAUCAACGGUCAGCCGGUCACAGAGGUGGACGCUGACCCUCGGCGCACCGUGUCAGGCGGCGUCCUGAUACUGAGGGAUGUUGAGUUUGCGGACACCGCCGUGUAUCAGUGCGAGGCCACCAACAAGCACGGCUCCAUCCUCCUCAACACCUACCUCUACGUCGUUGAGCUGCCUCCUCAGAUCCUGUCCUCUGAUGGAGUGGUGUACAGGGUCACUGAGGGCGGAGACGUCAUGCUGCACUGUCAGUCCUUCGGCUCGCCGCGACCACACAUCACAUGGGAGGGCGGGGACAAUCUCCCACUGCUGUCCGACCCUCGUGUCUCCCUGCUGACCAACGGGACGAUUGAGCUGUCCGACACCGUUCACAGCGACAGCGGAGAGUACACCUGCUCCAUCAAACACACCAACAUCUCCAUCACCGCUCACCUGGAGGUCUUCAAUCGCACGGAGAUCGUGACGAAGCCGCAGCACGUGCGUGUGCUCAGAGGAAGCAGCGCUCUGCUGGACUGCAGCUUCUACACAGACCCGCAGCUGCUGCACUACCGCGUCAUCUGGAGCAAAGACGGAGAGGAGCUGCAGGAAUCGCCUCAAAAUGACAAGUACGCUAUCUUUAAGAAUGGCACCCUGCAAGUAACAAACGUCCAAUCAGACGACAACGGGCCGUACUCCUGUGAGGUCAAAACUGACCUGGACCGCGUAAAAGCCAGUGGCUCCAUCACUGUCGUAGCACGGCCGGACCCGCCCAAAGAUCUGGCUCUGUCUGAUGUUGACGACCACAGUCCCACCCUCAGCUGGAUCCCAGGACACUCACACAACAGCCCUGUCAUAGAGUACAUCGUGGAGGCGCGGGAGGAGCAGCACUCCGAGGAGGGGGAGUGGAUGUGGGAGGAGUGGAAGAAAGUGUCCGGGGAAUUCAACCACCUGGAGCUGAAGCUCCACCCCUACUGCACCUACCGCUUCAGGGUCAUCGCCAUCAACGAGAUCGGGGCCAGCGAACCCAGCAAGCUCUCAGAGCACCGCAGCACGCCGCCAGCUGUUCCUGACAGAAACCCCACUGGUGUGCGCAGUGAGUCUGUGGACCCAAAGACUCUGAUCAUUAUGUGGGAUGAGAUGGACAAACGCUUUCAUAACGGACAGAGCUUCCAGUACAAGGUGUUGUGGCGGAAAGCUGGGGGGAAGGAUUUACGCUGGAACACGGCCGACGUACAGUCUCCGCCGUUCACGGUGAACAACACAGGAACGUACACGCCGUUUGAGAUCAAAGUUCAGGCCGUCAACUCACUCGGAUCCGGACCGCCACCAGAGGCUGAGAUCGGACACUCCGGAGAGGACGUGCCCGAGGAAGCUCCGACUGGAGUCACGGCGACUGUGAGGAACAGCACAGUCACGGUCAAGUGGAACGAAGCCCAGAAUGUCCGAGGUCUGCUGCUCGGAUACAGGAUCUACAUCCGGAGGCUGGGUCCUCACGGGGGUCGGGCGCGGAGAUCUCUUGGAAGACCGCACCAUGAGAAAGAGGACAGGUCGGAGCGAGGGAAGGACAGAGACAGUCGGACUCGAGUGGUGACGGUCCACGGGAUGAAGACGUCGGCGGAUGUGACGGAGCUGCAGCUGUAUUCUCGAUAUGAGCUGUCUGUCGCCGCCUUUAACAGCAAAGGAGAGGGGCCUCACUCCCCCCCGCAUCACUUCAGCACCCCAGAGGGAGCGCCUGGUCCUCCGGCAUCGUUGACGUUCGAGAGCCCCACAGAGAAAUCUCUGAUCCUCUACUGGACCCCCCCAGUUGAAACAAACGGCAUACUGCUGGGAUACAUCGUGCUCUAUCAACAGGAGGUGGAGACCACAGACGGCCCUACGCUGAUGCAGAGGAUCAGCGAUCCCAGUGUGACUCACUUUGAGCUGGGCGAUCUGGACCCUAACAGCUAUUACAUCUUCAAAGUGAUCGCAUGCACCGCCGCCGGGGAAGGACCGCCCAUCAUCCGGAGGGGCGCCACCCUGCUGGAAGGAGCUCCUCCGUCCAACAUCACCAUCGUCUCCAGCAACACGUCCCUCAACCUAAGCUGGGUCCCCGGAGAGCGAGACAGGAACCACGGCUUCGUCAUCCGUUACCUCAGGAAGAGCCCCGGGGCAGACUGGGAGUACUCGGAGGUGUUGAACUCCUCUCAGGGUUUCUACAAGCUGACAGGCCUCCAGCCAAGCUCCGAGUACCGCCUGAUGAUCAAACAAGGGAACAACACGCAGUGGGAAAGUGUGACGCGGACCAUCGGACCAGUGCCGUCGGAGAUGACCAGCGGGUUCGCCACCCAGGGUUGGCUGAUCGGACUCAUCAGCGCCAUCGUGCUACUGGUGCUGAUUCUGCUCAUCCUCUGCCUCAUCAAACGCAGCAAGGGCGGCAAAUACGCAGUGAAGGAUAAAGAGGACAAGGAGGUGGACUCUGAAGCUCGGCCGAUGAAAGAUGAGACCUUUGGAGAGUACAGAUCUCUGGAGAGUGACGCUGACGAGAAACGCUCAGACAGUCAGCCGUCUCUGGCGGAGAGCAAGCUGGGCAGCGACGACUCUCUGGCUGAAUACGGGGACAGCGUGGACAUCCAGUUCAACGAGGACGGCUCCUUCAUCGGCCAGUACAGCGGACGAGGGCCCGUCCCCCACGGCAACGAGAGCUCCGGUCCCGCCUCUCCUGUCAACGCUGUCCCGCCUCCACCCAUUGCUCCGUCCAUGUCGAGCAUCCUGAACCGGCCCAGCUAGACACACACACACAACAAAAAUACACACACACCACACACACAUACAUACACACUGCCUGCCUGCAACAAAACACAAAGGGACAGACCACUCCUGACUCCACUGCCUGUAACGUAAAAGUGCAAACACACACACACACACACACACACACACACACACACACACACACACACACAUUCUCAAUACAUUCCACAGAUUUAUGCAGUGAAGUUGUUUACAGGAUGUCUCGCCUUUUCUACUCCAAGUUUACACACACACACACACACACACACACCCACACAUCCAAACAGAAAGCGCUUCACUCUUCUAUAAGACAGAAGGACGGAGACGUGGAGGACAGCAGCCAGUUGCACCAGCUGUUCAAACUUGUGCGUUUUCACUCUCAAUCUCGUCAAAUACCGUCACUUUGUCCAUGAUGCAAAGAAGAACCGUGCGUGGGGGCGUGAGAGGGACACAGUGAGGUCCAGGAGCUCCUUUUCCUCCGCUGUCAUAUGACAGGGACGCUAAAUGUUGUUAUUGAAGAGCCGCUGACACGUAUGUUACAUGUCACAAUAGAAGCAGAAGCUGUUGUGUUAAACGUUUUGCUUCAGCAGUGCCGGCAUGCUGUCUAAAAUGACACACAUGAUUCUGCAGUUGUUUGGUUGUGUGUAAAAAUGCAAAGAAGGGAAUUUGUAGCGAUUCUGUAGCGCUGUCUCUUUGAGGAAAACAAAAACAAAAACGCUCAGUUAUCCUUUAGUGUGGGGCCAAUACAACCGAAUUACCCACAACAGUAGUUUUCACAUAUGUUAGUGCGGUCCCUUCGUGCGCACCAGAUGUGAAAAUAAUACAUUGUUUUAUUUUUCAGCUAGUACGGCUUGCUUUCAUGCACCUUUGUUUUUACUCUGGUCCAAAGGCCGCACCACAGGCACAGCGUCGUUUCCAUGACUCCUGAGUCCCGACCGGAAAAUAAGUAAAGAGAAAUGAAUGUGCACAAUGGAGCCACAACAACUACGCGUUUUGUUCCUGGUGCUGGUCGUUGUAUUCGUCAUCGUUUGUAUGUACCACUCUCGACAAACGACACAGUUUGAAAGUGAAGCGCGGCUGCGACUUGACAAUAUCACGUUGAUGCAGCAGAAUGCACAUUUUAAGACAAGAGAUGCAGAUUAAUUCUCCUGAACCGUGACCUCCUCAUCAGACGCAGAUACCGACGAACGACCAGGCAGACUGUGCCCGUGGUCCUGAAGAAGUCGAUUUAAGAAAUAAUGUGUAAAACAUAAGUGUUUUUGAUGGGUGGAGUUGGGUAAGAGCUCCUUUUUAACUCAAACUUGUGGAGUACGGCAGAUAGUUGGGACAGAUCGAGGUGGGGCACUUUCACACCACAAAUGGACCGCACCAGAGUUCGGUGGUAGCCGUUCCAAGACCACCUCCUCAGGGAGGUCUCCGUACGGCCAUUUCGGUCCGCACCAAAGUGCGACUGCUGUGUUCACACUGGCCCAGACGCACCACACUCGGGCCCAAAGUUCGAUUGGACCUAAACAAAAUACCUGUGUGAAAACACCUUAAGUCUUUAUUGGCUGAGACUUCAGUUUAUUGACUCGCUUCAGUCGUCAGAAGUCACAAACAGCUGGUGCAACUCAGUCCAGGGGAGGAAGAUGAUGUGAUGAGGAGUGACACAAAGAAAAAGGACAUUUCAUCUCAUCCGAACCAAAACGUCUCCCACUCAUCUUGUACAAACAUUUAUUCUGUUUAACAAGUUCAUCGUUUCAUAUAACACACCACCAUUUUUAGUCAUAUUUAUGUUUUGUGCGUCAUCAUCUUCAAACAUCACCAGUACGUGUCUUUGUUUACGCUGUUUACAAGCUAUUUAUUUGUGUUUGUGUGCAUGCGUCUGGGGAUGAUGUUGCUAUUUAUUGACGUGUGUGCGGCUGUCGGAGCGGCUCCCGAAACCUAAGAUGCAUGCUACUCCCCAAGGCAUCGAAAAAUCAUUCUGUUGAUAUUUUAGUGUUUGAGUUUGGAGACUGACUGUUACUUUGUGAGCGUGUGUGUGUGUGUGUGUGUGUGUGUGUGUGUGUGUGUGUGUGAUUGUUAAUGCUCUCCAUUGCUGCCCUGUAACCUGCAGCAAUGGGAGAUCUGUUGCCUUAAGAGAGUCCAGUUGAGCCUCCUUUCCUCCUUCUUUCUGUCCAUCCAUCUAACUGUCAGUCAUCCAUUUCUCCACACACACACACACACACACACACACACACACACACACACACGUUCUUUUUCUAUCAUCCUCCUGUUUGCUCUGCAGGUAAAAUGCAGGACCAGGAUGCUACGGUGGCCCAGAGAGCUCACAGCAGUGCAAAGGGUGAACACGACAGAAAUUAUUUACAAAACAGUUAAAUGCAAUUCAGGUCUCGUUUUUUUUUCUUCUCUUUUUUGUUGUUGUUUUAAAGGAAUAAUUUUCUUGCAAAAUGACCAUUUGUGCAUCAGUUACUCACAGUAUUUAAUGUUGAAUUCUUGCAGAAAACAGUUUUUCCUCACUCACCUCCAUUGUGAAUGGAGAAACCAAAAAAAAUGCAAACAAUCUUCAAGAAUUAAAUUAAACGGGCAACAAAACUACCAACCCUUUACAAACUUUGGUAUUAUUUCAAACAAUACCAAAUGCGUUUUAGCCUCAGUCAGAGCUCAGAAACAUGAUGCAUAUAUUUUAACAGCAUUUCAUUGCAUUUCGAUUAAUCAAUUAAAUUUCACAUGUUAAAUUAAAUACUUAAUGACCAAUUAAUAUUUCAAAGUUUGGGAAGUAUUGAGCAUCCAACUAGAUAAAUUAGACCUGGAUUUUGCUGCUUGAGUUGCCAGGAAAACACAAUGACAGAAAAACAACAUUUUCUUCACAAAUUCAAUGUUUCACACAGCAAGAAACCGAUAUCCAAAUAAUAAUCUUGCAGGUGAAAUAUUCCUUCAAUAGUUUGAUUCUACGACUCACAUACUAAGUCAUAUUUGAAGUGGUGGG